UCAAAUGAGGAAGUGUUAGAGCCAGAGAGAGAGAGGGAAAGAAGGUCCAGGAGAAAGAAAAAGAAAGUGUAGGAGACUGUGGGAGAGAGUGCGGAGAGGGAGUGUGAGUGUGUGCGCGCCGCGCACGGAGCGCGGGGGGGAGAGAGGAGAGAGGGAGAGGGAGGGCGAGGAGGGAGAGAAAGACUUGGAGAGAGAAGGAAGGGAAGGAGCUGUUGGGAGCCAGGAGGAGCGAGUUGGGGGCGGAGACGAGGAAGUGGGUGCGAGGCGCAGGGCGCGGGCGGGGCGCGCCGCCCGCUGCAUCCCUGCCCGGGGCCGAGCCGGCGCGGGCGCAGGACGAAGGCGAGCCCGAGCGGAGCCACCGCGGCCGCCGCAGCAGCUCCAGGAACCCUGAUGGCCUUGGUCCCUUCUAAGGAGAGGUGCGGGACUGGCUCCAUGCCUCCUGGUGUCUUGCAGGGAGGUCAGGGUCCAGAAGGGUUCAUCGUGAAUCGGGCCACACUCUCGGUUUGGUUUCCGGAUGCUCAAUACUCAAUCUUUGCAUUUCCAGCGCGUGCUCCCCAGCGCACCCCACAGGGAGAGGCAGGAGUGCCCGACCCCCGUCAUGUGGGCGGGAGCAGCUGUCUGCGAUGGAGAAGGCUGCAGCCCCAUCUCCGCCUGACGCCUCCCGCGUGAGGCCAAAGCCACCUUCAGACUCAUGCCCCAGGGCCUCAGCCUCUAUGCAAAACCUGGACAGUGGAAAUCAGCUCCAGUCCCGGGAGGAAGCCAGCUCUGCAGGGGCCGAUGUGAGGAAUGGGGUUUGAACUGGGAACCUCGCUUCAGAGACUAGCUUUCCUUCUUCAUUCAUUCUCAUGCCUACCACCUCCUCACAGACUGCUUUAUUAACUUCUAGGAAAACAGCACCCAGGUCAGUCAUUGUAGCCUCCCCACAUUUGGACACUCCUUUUGGCUCUUUUGGGCAGCCUGGAGCCCGGUGGUGACAUAACUUACACGUUGGGGACCUGCAGGAGGAGCAGCCCCGGGGCCGAGGGCAGGGGGAGGAGCCAUAGGGCCCCAGCAUGGCAUCCAACAGCACGGACCCCUCCUCCUGUCUGAACCAUACCGCGUUCAGGGUCACCGUCAGCUUGGUCCUCACCGCCCUCAUCCUCAUCACCAUCGCCGGCAACGUGGUCGUCUGCCUGGCGGUGGGCUUGACCCGGCGGCUGCGGAGUCUGACCAACUGCUUCAUCGUGUCCCUGGCCAUCACUGACCUGCUCCUCGGCCUGCUGGUGCUGCCCUUCUCGGCCUUCCACGAGCUGUCGUGCCAGUGGGGCUUCGGCGAGGCCUUCUGCAAUAUCUACACCAGCCUGGAUGUCAUGCUCUGCACGGCCUCCAUCCUCAACCUCUUCAUGAUCAGCCUGGACCGGUACUGCGCCGUCACAGACCCCCUGCGCUACCCCGUGCUGGUGACCCCUGUCCGGGUCGCCAUCUCCCUGGUCUUAAUUUGGGUCAUCUCCAUCACACUGUCCUUCCUGUCUAUCCACCUGGGGUGGAACAGCAGGGCGGAGACCAACAGCACCAAUCACACCAUCUCCAAGUGCAAAGUCCAGGUCAACUUGGUGUACGGCCUGGUGGACGGACUGGUCACCUUCUACCUGCCCCUGCUGGUCAUGUGCAUCACCUACUACCGCAUCUUCAAGAUCGCCCGGGAUCAGGCCAAGAGGGUCCAUCAUAUCAACUCCUGGAGGACAGCCACCCUCCGGGAGCACAAAGCCACAGUGACUCUGGCCGCCGUCAUGGGAGCCUUCAUCGUCUGCUGGUUCCCCUACUUCACUGUGUUUGUUUACCGUGGGCUGAGAGGGGACGAUGCCAUCAACGAGACCUUCGAAGCCAUUGUUCUGUGGCUGGGCUAUGCCAACUCGGCCCUGAACCCCAUCCUGUACGCCACACUGAGCAGAGACUUCCGCACGGCGUACCAGCGCCUCUUCCGCUGCCGGCCCGCCGGCCACAUCGCUGACAGAACUUCGCUGAGGGACAGCAGCUCUCAGCUGAAGAGGAAUCAAAGCCAAGAACCCAGGUGGCAGGAAGAGAGGCCCCUGAGGCUCCAGGUGUGGAGUGGGACAGAGGUCACGGCCCCCCAGGGAGCCACAGACAGGAGGCCGGCGCUGUCCUGCACCACGUGCUCAAGCAACCUUCUGAGCUGCUGCAAGAGCCUGUGGGGAAUUAGGCUCCUCCAGAGACAUGUGGGAGGCCCCUCGGAAGAGCAGCUGGGGGAGCCGCUGUCCAAGGAGCCCCCAAGAACGCUGCCUUCCGAGGCUGUCUAGCCUCGGCCCCAGGACACUGAACUUACUGCUCCUGGUCACCAACAUUUGACUCCUGGAGCCACUAAGGACCCAGCAGCCCCCAAAACCAUGGAGGACACACCCUGGCAUGAGUCUGGGGACUCCCGGAGCACACGAUGGGCGCUGGGGUCCUCCGGCCCGGGGUGGAGCAGCCUGUUCUGCGCUCAGCCUCCCCUGGGUCCAGGUCUGCUGAAUCCCGCGGGUUCAGAGCUCACAUUGGUGCUGGCCCUGGGUCAUGAACAGAGACGCGGGGCUUUCGGGGUUGUGUGCACGGGCGUGUGCUCGGAUGUGCGUGCGCAGGAGCACACGUGCCCUCUGAGCACGGCCGAGGGUGUUGCCAUAAAGAGUUAGCCUCUCACUCCCUCGCGGGUUCUGUGGGAUGAAGGGGAGGAAGGGAGGGGGAGACAAAGGAAGGGAAGGGCAUUAGCCUUUAAUGAACACCUGCCGUGUGCCAGGUACGCCCUCUGCAUGAGCACACAUAGUCCUUACCAUGUGCGGCAGGGAUCACUUUAUAGGGAAACUGAGGCUCAGAGAAAUACGGGGCCGUCCCUAAGGCCACUCAGCUAGAAAGUGUGCCUGGCACGAGGGAGGCACUUGAGAAACUGUUGUUGAAGGAAGGAAGGAACGAACGAACGAACGAAGAAAUGGACAGACAGGAUGAUGGGUGGAAAACCAGGCUUCAAGCCCAUGCUCUUAACAUGACAUUAAAAUGGCCUCUCAAGAGAGGCCACGAUAUUUGCUUGACUCAGGUGACCCUCUCGCUCUCACCGCCCAGACCCGGAGCCUGGGGCUGGGAGGGUCCCUUCAUGCUGCAGUACAGAUCCUCUCUGGUGCUUUCCAUCCACAAGGAGUGGCGUGGGGCAGGCCUGCUGGGGAAAGUGUGCGGGCAGCAGGGAGGGACAGGUGGCAGCUGGAAGGGGGCACGAGAGGCGUGGGUGGGGAAGUUGGCCCCCAGCGCCCUCUGCUGGAUGCGUGAUGUUGGGCGCCGCAGGGAGCGCCCCUGAGCAGCUCUUUAUUCCUCUGUGGGCGGGUGCGCUCCCCUUUCCCAUCUACGGGGGUGGUGGAGAGACCCAAGGAGGUGGAGGAGAUGACAGCCCCGGAGACAUGAGGGUGUCCAUGGGCCCCCCUUGUCGACCACUGCCCCUCCCUGAGUCCACUCUUCCCUUGGUUCCAAGACCCCCUCGUGGUGGCCUCCUCCCCGCCCACCUGUACCUCUUCAGUGGCUCUUGCCGCCCACCUCCUCUCCCCAGCCAUCAACGCGGCCGUUCCGAGGCUCGGUCCUGAGCCUCGUCCUCUCACUGCCACUUCUUGCCCUCUGCGGCCACGUCUACACUCUCGCAUCUGAAGUUACAGGAGACUCACCUCUCAGGAGGUGACUCAGAUCUGUACCUGGAGCCCAGGCUCCUUUGGGACGCUUUCGACCCACUCUCGACCUCACUGUUAGCAGGUCCACAGCUGCAGCUUGGCCGUCUCCCUGCACCUGCUCCGCUCCUGAGGUCCCGCUCCUCAGACAGAAGCCCUGCCACUGGCUUCAAAGGCUGAGGGUCAGUUUUGACAUCGCCCUUCUCCUGGCUCCUCAUGAUCCAUCCUCUCGAGUCCAAGCUCCCACAAGUACCCACCGUUUACCUGGUUCUUUCCGGCUGCUCUGUCUUCACUCGGUCCCACUGCCAUCCCCUCUGUCAGGACAAUUCAAACAGCUUCAUGACACCUCCCUGUGCUCCCCACUGGCCUCUUUCCCGUCUGGUCUCCACCCAGCAGCCACUGUGCGCUGUGCGGUGCAAACCCAGGGAGAAACCCAUCUUCCACGUGGCCCACAGGUCCCACGUGGUCGGCCCGAUGUGUCCCUCCAGCCUCCACUGGCCCCACACCCCCUCCGUCUCUUCACCCCACCCUGCUGGCCUUCUCCUUUGGUUUGUUUACCUCCCUGCUCCCUCCAGCAGCCAGGCCACACGUAGAGCUCUUUCCAUGCCUUGGAAUGCUCAUCCUGCCCUUUCUGCCACGGGAUCGCAGCUGAACCAUCACUUCUUGAGGGAGCCUUCCUUGACCCUCCCUGUUGGGUCAGGCCUCCCCACACACAUCCCCAGAGCCGUCUUCAGAACCAUGGGCAUGGCUGUCAUUUAUAGUCAUCUGUGUGAUUCCUGCCCUGUCUGUCUCCCCCACUCAGGAGGUCGUGAGUCCUGCCUGUAUCUGUUGACCUUUGUCUGUCUAGCCCCUGGAAGACUGUUCAGUCUACAGAGUAGGAGCUUUAAGCAGCUUAUCUGCCAACAUACACCUGAAGGCACGAUUUGCCCCCAUGCCCUCCCCAGAGAUGCUCAGUCUCUUGGCUUAAUUCCUUCCCGAAACUCCAGAAUCCCCUCCUUGGAAGUUUUCCUAAGAGUCUGAGACAGGUAGGUCUCCAAGUCAUGGCCAAGUAGUUAGAGCACAAGACUAGCCUAGCUGAUCACGCUCAGCAGGUCAGGGCAGAGGUCAGGAUUCCCGCGUGCCACCUGCCACGGCAGGGACUCCUUCAGGUCUGUCUCUGAGCCCUGCCCUGCCUUCCUGGAGGCCUCCUGAAGCCCCGACUGGCUGCAGAAGUGGGGCGCAUGCUGCUAGAAGAGGAGCGUCUGCGGUGGGCCCCCAAAUCCGUGUUGCGUGUCACCAUCGUGUUCCAAUAAAGCUAUCAAAACAGAU